UUCUUGACCUCAUAUGGAAGAUAUAGCAUUUGAAAAGUUGGUUCUUCUACUCAUUUCUCUUUAGAUAAACUUGAAGGGCCACUGAGAAAUAUCUCCUAUUGAUUCUUUCUACAUAUAUAAACUUCUACAAUACCCUCACAGGGACAGACAGAUCAAGCUCAAAAAAAAAAAAAAAAUUGGAUUUUUUACAUGAAUGCUUCCGCUUAGAGACAUCAUACAAAGCCACUUCUGUCUCUAUUUGUUCAUCACCAAAUUGCAUGGCUAGGCAAUUCUCUCCAUGUUCUUCCUCUUCAACCACAUUCUCACCUCCUCUCAAGCAAGGGAUAAUUUUCUUUACAAAAUCUGUCAUUGUCCCAACAAGAACGUUUUCCUCCCGGUGGGUCUCCAAGAUUCAUUCAAGAACUCAUCCAAGAAAUCAUUUUGAGUUCAAAUCAUCAAAUGGGUAUCCUCUAAAUGCUGUUUCUUUGCACGAUGGAUCAGCUGGAAACCCUCUGGCCAAAGAACUCCCACUCUCUGAUUCCAGCAUUUCAGAGUCUACUCUCAGCAUUACUGUUGUUGGUGCUUCAGGGGACCUUGCAAAGAAGAAGAUCUUUCCAGCGCUUUUUGCUCUUUUUUACGAGGAUUGGCUGCCUGAGAACUUUACAGUUUUUGGUUAUGCGCGGACUAAAAUGACUGAUGAGGAGCUGAGAGACAUGAUUAGCAAAACCUUAACUUGCAGGAUUGAUAACAGGGAAAAUUGUGAUGACAAAAUGGAUCAGUUUCUGAAAAGAUGCUUUUAUCACUCAGGUCUUUAUAACUCUGAAGAGAAUUUUUCGGAAUUGGACAGCAAGAUAAAAAUGAAAGAGGGGGGAAAACCGUCAAAUAGGUUGUUUUACUUAUCAAUACCCCCAAACAUCUUUGUGGAUGUGGUGAGAUGCGUGAGUGUUAAAGCUUCUUCAAAGAAUGGGUGGACAAGAGUCAUUGUUGAAAAGCCAUUUGGUCGUGACUCAGAGUCAUCUGGGAGGCUGAUCACAUGUCUAAAGCAGUACUUAACAGAGGACCAAAUAUUCCGGAUUGACCAUUAUUUGGGCAAGGAGCUUGUUGAGAACCUAUCUGUGCUUCGUUUCUCGAAUCUUGUUUUUGAGCCUCUUUGGUGCAGGAAUUACAUACGGAAUGUGCAAUUCAUAUUUUCUGAAGAUUUUGGUACAGAAGGAAGAGGAGGGUACUUUGACAACUACGGAAUCAUCCGAGACAUAAUGCAAAAUCAUCUCCUGCAAAUAUUAGCACUAUUUGCAAUGGAAACACCUGUCAGCUUGGAUGCCGAGGACAUUAGGAAUGAAAAGGUAAAGGUUUUAAGGUCAAUGAGACCACUGCAGCUUGAAGAUGUGAUUGUAGGCCAAUACAAGGGCCACAGCAAGGGCAGUAAAUCAUAUCCAGGAUACACAGACGACCCAACUGUGCCAAAGGACAGUCUUACUCCAACUUUUGCAGCAGCGGCACUCUUUAUUAAUAACGCCCGAUGGGACGGGGUCCCUUUCCUGAUGAAAGCCGGGAAAGCUCUUCAUACUAAAAGGGCAGAGAUCAGAGUCCAGUUCAGACAUGUCCCUGGUAACUUGUACAAGCGGAACUUUGGAACUGAUUUGGAUAAGGCUACAAAUGAGCUAGUGCUUCGUGUACAACCGGAUGAAGCCAUAUACCUGAAGAUUAACAACAAGGUUCCUGGCAUUGGAAUGAGACUGGACCGCAGUGACCUUAAUUUGCUUUACAGUGCGAGGUAUCCAAGAGAAAUACCAGAUGCGUAUGAGCGGCUCCUUUUGGAUGCAAUAGAAGGAGAACGACGAUUGUUCAUUAGAAGUGAUGAGCUCGAUGCAGCUUGGUCUCUAUUCACACCAUUGUUGAAGGAAUUGGAAGGGAAGAAGAUUGCACCAGAGCUCUAUCCUUACGGAAGCAGAGGACCAGUCGGGGCACAUUAUCUUGCUGCAAAGCACAAUGUUAGAUGGGGAGAUCUUAGUGGUGAGGACUGAUGGACAUUGAGUAACUUUUUUUUUCUAGCACUUCACAUGCAAUUCCCCAAUCCUAACAAAGUAGUUCCUCCGGAAUGAAAUUUGGUUCUUUCCAAUGCAUUAAGUGUAAGCUAGUUGAUAAGUUCACUACAGAUGGGAGAGUUAAAGGUCAAUGUAUAGUGAAUGUGAAGCAUUUUGAAAGAUCAAUGGCUUAGUUCUGGCGGUAAUAAAUCUUCGGUGAUGAAUGUAUAAACAAUGUGCAAUUGUUGCGAGUAUUAAUCAAUAAAUGGAUGGUUGAUCCUUAUGGGAACAAUGAGAGAUUUUCAGUCUGUU